AUGACGCCCACCAGCCUUGAUCUGGUCCUCACGACCGCCCUGGAAGGCCGAAUGAAGGACUUGCGUACCCGCCAGCGGAUCCUCCAGGAGCUUCACGUCAAAUUGACCGAAAAUGUGGAGGAGUUGGUGAGUGCAACGGCGGAGGAUGAUCGUAUCUCCCGCGAAGAAGCCCAGGUGGUGGUGUCCGCGGGACUCUUCGAGCUUCGCGCCCACUAUAAUCGACUCAACCUCAAAGACGAGUUGGAUGCAGAGUAUAGCAUUGCCCGGAAGAAAUCUUGCCUCGACAAGAGAGUCCCCUUUGGCAUCGUGUAUGUGAUUCCCGAGGUCUAUACCGCCUUUUUCAGCAUCAUUACCGCGCUCUCCGCGGCCAUCGCUGCUGGGAAUUGUGUCGUGAUAGAAAUCCAGGAUCGUCUCGCUUGCAGCCGGGUGCUCCGCCGCUGCUUUGGAGAGCUGCAGCUGUAUACCGACUCUGUCACGACCGUUUCCCAACGACCGGGACCAGAUUUCCUGCGUCGCUGCCUCCUUGUCGAUCAGACGGCGGAGAAGGAUUCAGCGUCAUCUGAAUGUCUUCGCGUAUUGCCAUCCACGCGUCAGAGGUCCGUGGUCAUUGUGGACCGGACAGCCGAUGCCAGUGCAGCGGCCAAGGAGAUCGUGGCGUCCCAGCUCCUAUUCCGGGGCCAAAGCAGGUACUCGGUUGACCAGAUGUUUGUGAAUGAAUACGUUCUCGACGCCUUUCACAGUGCCCUCGUGCGAGAGAUUGCGACACGCCUCGCCACAAGGGAUUUAAAGUUGAAACCUAGUGAUUUCAAGGGGGCUGCCACGGGUCUGCAGAAGCCUAAGUUUCCAAUGCUCAAAAUAUCAGACAGAUCCGAUGCCCGCCUACACCAAAGACAGCACCAGUGGGGCUUCAUCAUCCACAAGGUGACUAGUCUAGACGACGCCAUCGACACAAUAUGUGAGGGCCAUCCAGCCGGAGCUCUCUAUCUCUUUGCAGGGUACGAUGAAGCAAAGUAUCUGUCUCAGUACAUUCCCUCGCGAGCCACCUUUGUCAACCACAUUCCCCCGGAACUGCAAAUUGGUCCUGCCUACCCGGAGGGUUUCGAGAUGUCGGUUUCUCUGCGAUAUACACGAGAGAUGUUUGAGAUGCCGCGGCCGGAACGGGUUGAUGCUGGCAAGAUUCGACACUCGGCCACGCUUUGGGAUCAUAUCACCGCCGCCAAAACGUCGGGAAUCGUUUCUCGGGCUUGUCAGCCACUCAAGCCGACCGGCCAAGGAAAAGCGGGGGCGAUGGAUUACUUCUUGCAGGGCAUGAUCAUCAACGUAGUCACAUAUGUGCUGCCCUUAACUGCGUUGUCGCUGUACGCCACCAGCAAAGGAAUCGGGAUGCUAUAUCAGCGGUUCUGGAACCACUAG